AUGGAGGCAUGUGAAGCAAACUCGAUCAUGUUGAGACUUAGGUACCUUCGGGAAAAUCUCAAGGAUAAUGACAAGAAGUUUGGGCAGCUAGCAGUGAAUGCCCAAGUUGCCGGACAAAUCAAACGAGCUGAUUUAGACACAAUCCAGAUGUCUAAGAAUCCAUUAACCAUUCUUUUGGAGACAAACAAAUUUAAUGGAACAAACUACAAUGAUUGGCUUAGAAAUCUGAGGAUUGUCCUCGAUUUUGAGAAUCAGACUUACAUUUUGGAUAAGUCUCUUCCUGAGACCUUGCUGGAGGGGUCCACAUCUAAACAAUGUGUGACGUUUGAAAGGCGACACGAGGACAACCAGAAGGUCCGCAGCAUCGUACUGGCAUCGAUGACAAAUGAUAUCCAGAAACAGUACGAUAGGCAUGAUGAUGCCGCGUCGAUAAUGCUCCGCAUGAAAGAGGUUUAUGCGGUUUCGGAUAAGCAUAUUAGAUAUGCCGCCACAAAAGUAUUUUUCGGAACCAAGAUGACUGAGGAAUCCUCUGUGCAAGAGCAUGGGAUCAAGAUGCUUUCCCUCGUGGAAAAGUUUGAGGAUCUACAAGCUAGGCUUGAUAAUGACACGUACAUUAACGUGAUCCUCGAGUCACUUCCUCCCUCUUACGACCCGUUUGUCAUAAAUUACAACAUGAAUGGGCUUGAGAAGACCAUAAGCGAGUUCAUAAACAUGUUGGUUCAAUACGAGGCAACGACCAAAAAGUCUGCGCCGUCGGUGUUGGUCGGGGAGGCUUCGACCUCUAAAGCGAAAGGCAAGGGGUCCAGACACUAG